GGGGACUUAAAAGACCUGCGAUAAAAGACAGCAGUUGAACAAGGGGGUUGAGGAUUGCACUGGUGCUGAAAUGCUGUAUUUAGGUAUGAAAUGUGGUACUUGUACAUCUUUGCGCAAUUCUAGAAACCAGACAUGCACAUGUACUGGGAGCAAAACCCUAUGCUGACACAGACUCUGGGCAAGUCUGGGGUGUCAGUGGGCUUGUGACAGACAGCAAAAUACAGCUUAGAGUGCAGUUCUGGAGUAUAAGAAAAGAAACUCUCCCUUGUACCCAUGAAUUCAACUCACAGUGUCAUGUGUAACUGUGCACUGAGUGGGAUGAAAGGACAUUAACACUUAUGAAAUAAACCUCCAGAAAUCGUUUAAAUAGAAAAAGUCACCUGCAGGGAAAACAAAACAAAACCGAAAAAUCUUGGCCAAAUUAAAAAAAAAAAAGAAGCAACAAACACUAAAAAACAAGGAACAUACCAAAAAGAGAUUUCCGGCUGUGAAAUCGGGAAAAGGCUUUGUUCAUGAAACAAAAGAUCCUUUGAGGUGCUUAAAUUUAACUUUCUUCCUUUAAACAACGCAUUAAAGCUCUACUAAAUUCAUUAUGCUUUCUAGAUCAGUCCAAAUGUAAGUCAAAUCAGUCCAAAACUGUCCGGCAGUCCUGGCCAUUGUACUGUGGAUAUAAUUUUGAACCUACUGAGAAGCUUUGCAUGGAAAUGUAGUUGGAACACCGGGUUUAAUCCCUUUGUUCUCUAAAGGGAGUCCUCAGCUCAAAAAGUGUCAAGAAAAAUAUUUUAAUAAAAACAGACUGACUUUACGGGCUUCCCUGAAUAAUUUUUGACAUUCAGUUUCCAUCAGUGGAGAAAGGAACUUCUUUUUAUGAAAUUACAGUUAUCAAAUGGAUAUACAGACUUGUACUCUUCUUCAAAUAUCACUUUGUAUAAUUCAACUGAGCCUGGCUUUUGGAUCUGAAAUACUCAGAAAGCCUUCCCUUUGAGUUUUCUCCUGGGGGAAAGGAAUCCCUAGACAGUACAGGAAAUACUGUAGGAUUUCUGUCCUAGAAUCAGAUUGUACACCUGUUCAUUCCGGCACAGAGGGUAUUCCUAAAAGAAAGGGAAUUCCUAGACCCUGCCUGCUGGAAUGAGGGAUUUACAUGCUUUUUUAUGCCACGUAGAACACCUGGGGGGGAUGGACAGACAGACAAAAAAAAACCAACAAAAAAAACACCCUUCUUUGGAGAUGCCCUGCUCAUUUAUGAAUCUGAAAUCAAAUAAUCAAGUUGCUACUGUAGCCAGACACGCACAUCUACAAAACUCUUUCUACUCACUUCAAUAUUCUCUUUGUAUUAUUGCUGUUUCUAAGCACACUUAUGAAAAUGACAUUGCAGUCUCAGAACGUAGCUGUUCAUUGCUGGGCAGUUUCUGCUUUCAGAGUCUUGGGCCAGAAAGGAUCAUUAUGUAAAUCUAAUCUCAUCAGGUUUCACCCAGAUACUUUCAAUCAGAUCUAAAAUUUUUUGUUGGACUGAAGCGUUUAUGUUCUCAGAGUGCAGAGCUUUGUGCUGGGGAAACAGUGAUCUCAGUCCUGCUGCAAGGCAUUUGUUUCUGAUAUGCCCUGAUGAUCCUGGCCCACAGAGCAGAAGCUCUGUUCUCUGCCACCAAGAUUCUUGCAUUCUCAGAGGAAAACAAAACCGUCCCUAAACGGAAACAGUCUUAGUAAAACAUUUGACCUGCCAAAAGAAAAAUAAUUUAAUUUCUAAAUCUCCAAGCAAUACCAAGGCUAUAUAUGGAAAAUUACUUCCCUGUCUAAUUACCAUCAUAGCAAGGAAUCUGAAUUCAAUUCGUUUAACCUCAGUUUCCAGGUACUAGUUCUUCUUAUGCUUUUACUAGCAUAAAGGCAGAAAUCGCCCCCCUGUUAUCCUCCCCAUGUACAAGGACAUAAAUGCAGUAACCAAGUCACCUUAUACUUCUCUGAUAAAUUGUGAAUGCUAAACUGAACUGGAUGAUAGCUGGACAACAUUUUAACCAGAGUGACACUAGCUUUGUCUGGGAUGGGGGGUAUUGUUUUGUCAACUGUUAGUACAGAGAUUAUGGGAUGGAAGAUAUUGCCUGUCUUGCAAAUCUAUGCCUCUACUUGUGACUUAGAAGGCUGCAGCUGAAAGCUUAAAAACAUCCCAUGUGCGAUAGCUCGUUGGGGAUGUACCACAGAAACAAGUUUCUGUCAGAAAAUGCUUGUUCAAAACUGAAAUGCUUUGUAAAUACAUCUUGCCUGAAAAAAAAAAUCAAUUUAGUUUUGACAGCAGCUUUCAAACAUGGCUGUUAAAGAUGCAACACCCACAGUGUAAGGAUUAAGAGGACUGCUCAAAUCCAUUGACACUAGAGCUUCCUGACUGCUCCCAGAUGCCUGAUGGACUGUGCAGGUAAAAGAACAUCCCAUUGGGGUUAAGGCAUUGGCCCAAGACUCAAGGAAAAAUUCCAUUGGAACAUAAUCAGUACAAACCCCACCUUUUGCUCCAAGGGCAAGAUAAAUUUUUGGCCUUCCUUCUUCAUACAUACAUUAGUAUGUGUGAACCUAGCUAUUCGUGCAAACUACUUUUUAAAAAGUCCUGACAAACAAGCCAAUUUACAUCACACACUUCUUGCCUUGGGAAAGAGACAGCAAGAAUAAACUCUUAUGUGACAGAUGCUAGUCACAAUGCUUAAUUCGUUCCAAAUCUUUUAUGUUAAAAAGCAUCGAGAAAAUGUGAUUAAGUGAAGAAAAAACUGUAACAAAGUGACAUUAAAAAACUAUUCAGAAUUACUGAAGUCUUCAAACACAUGAUGAAAACAUCCGUGUUGUAAUUUUUUAUUUUUUUUUAAUUUAGAAGGCAUGCUUGGCUUAACAGCUUAUCAAGAAAGCCUUGUAGGGAGCUAGCAACAGAAUUCUUAACAACUUUACUGUUCUGUUUCACUUUUUGAAAGACGUUUAAAAAUGCAGUUCUCAUUCCAUCUAUGCCCACUUUAAUUUAUAGCCCAUUAAAUUAGUUUUUUAAACUCAGGUAUGGUAUCAUAAGAGACCAUAAGGAGUUAUUACACCCAGGAAAUGCCAGGCAGCUAGUGCAAAGUGAAUGUCACCCCUUAUGAGGCUCACAGUGACUGAUGCAAUAGCAGCUCCCAAAUCUAUGGCAUUAGUAUUUGAUUAUGGUAGAAAUACUGUAAUGGAGAACAAGACCUGUCAGCUUGUCCAGAGAAAUUCAGGGGACACUGUUCAGUUUUCGAUGGGUGGACAGUCUUACAAAGAAAAUAACCUAGGGUUAGGUGGCAGACUGGGCAAUGACUGCAUCUCGUGCGUUAGACCAUGCACAUGCAUGUCUAAUUGCUGCAUGUGCAUUAAGAGAAUCUAUAAAAGGUCUCUGCGAGGAACAGCUCCUGCUGUACCUAAGCUUGAGCUACAUAUGCAAGCAUCCUAUGCUGUCCAGAUUAAUUUCAGACUGGAGGGAGAACUGCAUGCUAAGAAUUAUUUCCAACUCAGACUUUGUAAGGAUUUUCACACUGGAGAUAUGUGUCAAGUGAAGGUUUAUUAAAUUGCACUCUUCCAAAGUGCAAGUCUUAGCAAUCCUAUCAUUUCCUGGUAGCCAAGAAAUUCAGUAUGUCAACUGCCUUACCACAAGUGAAAUCUGACUCAUUCACUCAGUGCUAAGAUGAAAUACAUUCAUAUGGGAGGCUAUUUUUAAUAUCAGAUUCUUAGCUGUUCCUUGAAUUAAUAUUACUAUAUGGCUUUGUAUAUAUGAAAGUGUUUCAGCUAUUUAAACUUGUUUUUCCCAUCUAUCUUUUUUCAAGAGCCAUGCUUCAAAGGGCAAGAGGAUUUUUUAAAAUUCAAUUCAAUAUAUGAAUCAUUACGAAUCAGAGAGAGACAAAUUCUAAGGCUAGCCAUAGUAAAAUUAAAGGAAAAAUUUGGCUGAUUUCAGUGGACCCUGGAUUAGGCAUUUUGUUAGGACAAAUCGGGGACUAUGACAGAGACAGGUACUGGUUUGUUAAACAUGCAAUUCUGGUAUUAGUGAAGAUAUUUAAAGCACUUUCCAUUAUUCUUUAAAUUCCUUGAAAGCCCUAGUGCACUGCUUAAAACUAAAAACACAUAGGAACUGUCUUUACAGGGAUCUUUGUUUUGGAUUAGGGACUAUUAGUUGUCCAUUGUUUACUGGUCAGCUGGAGUAAUUUGUGGACUGAUCUUUGAAUCUGAUUGCCUUGCAGAUCUUUAGCCUGGAUGUGUGCUAAGGAAAACAGUAUCAGCAUGUUCUUAGAUUGGCAAGGACAACACCCUCAUAAAGCCGCAGAUGUGUUCUGCACAUAUAGUGCAUGAUGUCUCGAGCUCCCAUAGAAAUCCAAACAAGUAAAAUAGAUUCCAUUUUCGAUAUAAUUGUUAGAAAUACAGUUAAAAUGUUGUAAGCCCCAAUCUCUAACCCUUUAGCAAAUCUGGAACAAGUACACUGACAUCCAUGACUAUUCUCAAAUUAUAUCAGGGUAAUUAAUAUCAAAAGGCACAUCUAUAUACGAUAUCUGAUACAUUCUUCCUGAGAUAUUAAGACAAAAUUCAAGAGAUGACAUUCUCACGGCAGAAGGCUGAGGUAAUAGCUGCAUUCCACUAAAGUCACUCCAAGAAAGUCAGCUUUUAUUUCACAAAGAACUGAAACAAGGCUCUUCUUGUGUAUUUUCUGGUCCGUCACAUAAAGUUGAAUGGGGUAGGGGAAAAAGCUCCGCAAGGUGACCAUUUUUUGUUAAAUUCAGAUGGGUAGUAAGUCACUUUGAUAACAAAACAACUAACUUCAUCCCUUUUUAAUUCUAUGGAGCAUUUCCAUUAUCUGUUCAGAUGUAAAAUGGUGCCUUUCUUCACCUAUGCCCAGUAUUUGUUGCCCAAAACAUAGCUGAAAUGGUGCAAGAGAUACAAAUCCUGGACAACAGAAAGGAAAGAGAGAUUUGGAGAUUUUUACCCCUUCUUUACGCAUCAGAGAAGAUGCCCUGCAUGAAUUUGCUCCACAGGCCAGCAAGAGUCAACUUAAAAUUAACUGGAGUAGCAGUGGAGGCAAUCUUACAGGCCACGUGAAGAUCCACAUUACCUGUAAGUAUAAUGGAUCCACUUUUAAAUGCAGUGCUUUUAACAGUAUCACCAAAAUGCCCUGCGUCUCAGGUUGUGACACAGCACCCUAGAGAGGUACUAAAAUGCCAGUGUCCUACCAAAGGUGUUCUCAAGGUGAGGGUUUGUUAGGCUUUGUCAUUACUUACUGCUGAAGACAAAUUUUAACUCAGACACUUCGAUGGCAGUGAUGAGGACAUACAAAGGUGGUUUUGUGUUUGUGACAAUGGGAAGAAGAAAAAUGUUGACUUCUCUUGGUUGAAACUUUCCAUGUAGUAACAACAAGUGAGCUGAAGCCUGCGUUGCUUCAAUACUGUAAGCAAUCCUUACUUCAGUUUUAGUCCUAAACAUUGUCAUCACUAAGAUUACCAAAGAAUCACUAGCCCUUUAUCUGUACCUCCUGCAUGAUCUGUUUUUAGUAGUACUGCAUGGAAGAACAUCUUAGAUAGGUUAAAGAGGGAGCCUUAUUUCCAGUUACAAUAGCAUAAUGCUUUUUGAAGCAUAAAGCAGCAACAUGUUUUCAUAUCUAACACUACGUACCUGUAUUCUACUAUACUGUUUAUGGAAAAUCUAUGCCAAGAAGAUAUGGAAUUCUGAGACAGAAACUGUUUAGUGUUAUUCAGAAAAAGAACCCAUUGUAUAAACUUAUUUAAACAUAAUCCAUUACAUUUUUAAAUUUUCUUCCUUAGCUUGAUAAAUUACCUCUCUCUUUGCAUUUACUCCACAGUAUUUGCUUAACAGAAGAUACACAAGCUUCUUUUUAUUAUGCAGAAAAAAAAUAAAAACAACUUCUUUUCUCUCUGCUGGUUUACAUAAAAUUCAACACAAUCUCUUUGGAGAAUGGAAAAAACAGCAGGUUUAGGAGUCCAGUAAGGAUAUAAGGAAGUCAGCAAAUAACUAUCACAGUUUUAAAGUGCAUUCAAAAUGCAGAUCUCUGACAUCAAUAAAAAAAUAAAUAAAUAAAAAAACACAUCACCUACAUUACCUCACAGCUAUUUGCAUAAAGGGUCCAGAGGCAGUACAGUAUAAGUACGGCAACACAAGCCAUCCAAAGAGAAUUUAGCAACAGUUCUAUUGGAUACUGCAUGUGUCUGUAGCAGAAAAAGGGCAACUUCAAAGCUCAGAUGUGUUCAAUCCUUUAAAGCUGUUUGCAAUCUCUUGCCAGAUGCAUCUAGCAAAAAUCUGAAACUACAAACCAGGUAAGUUAUUAAAUCAUUUCCUUUUUAGCUGAUUCUAACUUUCCUUCUAAAGAUUGCUCUAAGCCAAAUAGCCUAUGUGAUAUUCUUAAGGCUGUUAUACAAGGACUUUAUCAGAGGUGGUAGAAACCUGCCAAUAUGAUAAUAUGCUCAUCUAUUUUAAAAAUGCACAGAACUUGUUAACAUUGUGUAUUUCUUUUAUGUUCUUAGGAUGUAACUAAGCUAAAUGAUUGCUAUAGUAAUAUUAAAGAUAUAUUCCAUUCUAUUGAAGGAAGUCUGCUUACUGGAAAAUAAAUCAGUGGCAAGUGCUUUAGGAAUUCCAGUGUUAGCUGGUAGAAAUAGAAAAACAUUUGCUAUCUAGGCAAGUGGUAAUAGAGGAUACAAUUAUUAUUGUUUCUGCAAAAGAUGUUAGGUGCUUUCACAAUGCAAGAAAUCUCCCUAACUAACACAGCAUAGCUAUCUUCUUAUAUGGGCAAAUACAAACACACACAAGUACCUUAAAUAUAUAGAAAUAGAUAUUUAAAGCCUGGCUGUUAAAGUUGGACUUUUACUGAAGGUGGAAUGGAAGUGUUGUAAACCACAUUAUUUUAAAAUAAACCCUUGGCAAAAGAAAUGGCCUGUUGGAGAUUGUUAGUGCAGGUUUACAUGUGUGUACCUCAUGUAGGCAACAGUUAAUACUGGGUUCAAUAGGGGAAUUAUUUUUGGCUCUUGGCAAAAGGCAGAGCAAAAUCACUGGUUUUCCAAAUCAUCUGUAUAUCAUGAAGUUAGGUGUUUGAAAUGCUCAUAUUUAUACUGCCUGAAAAAAUGAAUGAGUACUUGGUCUCAAUUAUGAAGAAUUUACAGAUUCUCUGAAGAAUAUAAAUUAAACUGAGAGGUCUGUAACAGAAAUAAGAAGGGACCUUCGUAAGAGACUUCAAUCCCUACAGCAAUGCCGUAUUUCUUGCUCAGUGUCUGGCAAUAUGGCUAUUAUUGUUAGAAUUCUUUUGCUCCAUCCUCCUCCCCUGUUGUUCUCUCUCCCACGGAAGUUGCAGGAACCCCUGUCUCACAAUGCUGUCUAUCCAGCUGCCACUGCUACUCCUCUGCCUGACCUUAUCCAGUGUUUGCCUCAAUGGGGGGCAGCCCCUUCCAGAAGCAAGUGAGAACAUGGGAAGAAGUCCCCUGGAUGACAUCCUGCAGAGAUCUGAAAGCCUCAUCCUUCAGUCUGUCCUCAAGAAAGCUGAAAAGAAAGAAGAGAUGAAUAAAGAAUUAAAUGCCCCUCUGCCAGAAUGGCUUUCCAAAAGACAACACCCUGGAAAAAGAUACAUAAGCGACCUGGAAAAGAGACAGCAUCCUGGAAAAAGAGAUGUCAAGGAAGAAGCAUCUUACGGAGACAUUCAGAAGAGGCAGCAUCCAGGGAAAAGGGAGGUAGAAGACGACCUUGUCGGCUAUCUGGAGCUGAAAAAGCAACAGCAUCCUGGCAGUAGGUCACCGUGGGACCAAUAUGCUGACAUCUCUAGCGCACAGCUAACUUACUUGAAUGGGUUAUCCAAAAGACAGCAACCAGAGAGAGGGUAUCUGAUGCAUAAACAUCAGCAUCCUAGCAAGAGAGGCUGGAAUGAUGAGCUAGACCUAAGUGACCAUGAUGGGGAGAAACGCCAGCACCCUGGAAAAAGGCACUGGGAUACUGACAACCCAGAUUAUGCAGGUCCCUGUGACCUUCAGGAGUCCUCCACCUGUAACAAAGGCAGCUUGUGGGUUGAUUUACCAGAAAAUUUUAGCAAAGACAGGGUAGAAGAAAAACGUCAGCACCCAGGAAGGAGAUCAACAUGGGAGAGUGAAACAGAGGAAUGAGAAAGUAAUUGUGUAUCAUUUGCAUUUGGUGAAGUAAAUUGCCAGAACACUAAAAAAUUCUGUUCACUCCCUUUUGGCUUCCUGCUGCUGACCUCUGCACUACCUUCCAGUGAGUGAGUGUCCCCAUUUAAGCUAAUGGCUUUGUCACACACUUAAAGUAAUGGAACAGAAGCAAUCAGUUGAAUGGCCCAGGCAAGUACUGACAGUCUUCAACUCCCCCACUUUGUGAAGUUAAGAGUGCUCUGUUCCUUAUGGUCCUAGACCCAAGAAUAAUCCUACGCACGGUCUUAAACAGGAUCUUUAAUAUCUGUUCAGCUGCUACUCAAGAAGAAUAAUUGCACGGCUUCCUCUCACGUCAGUGAAAUCAGUACAUGAAUUGGAAGAAAAAAGAGUAACAUGCAAAUUAUUUCAAAAUGAAAUUGAGUAGGUUUUCAAUUCUAAAUGAUACAUUAAUGAGACCUUGUGCACUACAAUCUAUCUAGACAGUAAGCACUGAACAGAGAUAGGGACUGUUCCAAGUGCAAAAGAUUAGAUGACUGGCUUCAUACUUUGACUUGGAACUGCACCAAAAAAUCAUUUCAUCUAGGAGGCUGCAUAGUGCAAAGGGUUAACGCAUCCCAGAGCAACUCAACCCAAGCUGUGAACUUUGCUGUGUACACCCCAAACUAGAACUCCCACCCUGGUGUGUCCACAUUUCAGUCACUCCCCUUGAAAUCAUGCCUUCUCCUUAGACGUUUAAAAUUGAAACAAAUUUUCUUUCUGAUAUCUAUCUUUUCUUCGGGUACAGAUUUCUGAUUUUUCCCCUCUCAAAGGAAUGCUUUUCCUUUCUGUGGUCAGACUCCCAAAAGUAUUUAUUUGAUAUGAAUGGUUCAAUAAACAUCAAUUGUAAACUCUGGGUGUCCUUACUGGUGGUGCAAAACAUACUGUAACAAAGUGAAAAACUUAAAACCAACCCAAGCUAAACAAAAAUAAAUGAACAACCAGGGAUAUUUUUCAGUGGAAAGUUUUUGCAUGCUGGUCAGCCCAUGUUUAUAUCUAAAACUGGUUUGCUACUGAAGUGGAAGGGUGAUUUGCAUAUAGAUAUAUUCCCUUUUUUAAUCUUCUACCUGUAUGAUACGCAAGUACAAAGAUCUGGGCUAAACCCUAUCGCCUAGCUCACUGGGAACUUCUAUUGUUUGAGAAUGAUCUUGGCAAGCAAAACGUGGCUUAAGUUUGAGGCAGACUUAUUUUAAACAAAGGAAGAAAGGUUGACUGAUCUACCUGCUCAAACCUUCUCAAUUCCAUAAUCUUGUGCAACAUAUAGCAAGACAUGCAGACAUGCAAGUCACUGAAGAAGAAAAAAAUAAUUUCACCAGUCUUGUGCUGUAUGCUUGCUGGAUGGCUUUGCUGUAGCUAAGCUCUACUGGAUGUGAUUGAUUACUAUGUUUGCACACACACACAUAGAAACACACAGAAUUGUAUAAACAAUUUAUACAAAAUUAAAAUACUUCUACAUGGGCCUGCACUGUUACAUGGGCUGCAAACACAGAAAUCUUUUGUGUGUUUUAUUCAAGGUUUCUACUGUCAGAGAAAGACACCAUUACGUGAGGUACAUACUCCGUUCACUGUACUGGCAGUAGAGAGAACAAAAAUAGAAGUCCGAUUUCCUGUUCACAUCUAAACACAAGAUCUACUGAUUCUUGCAGUUAAUGCACAUUUACAGAGUGCAGAGAGUUGGUCACAUCAUUUCUUGUACACCCAAAGAAGUUAGAGCGUGUCAAUAUUUCACUAGAAUGUUUUUUUUUUUUAACAAAUGAGUACGUUUUCCAUUCAUAUUCACCUUUCUCAAUACCAUCAAAACAUGUUAUGUGCCUUGAGUGUUCUUUCUAAAAACGGUUGUUUCCCCACUCUCUGCCUCAGAGCACGUCCUUUGGUAAUUCCUCCAUAUGACUUAAUUACCCUAAGGAAGAAUAAUUAACGAUCUCAGCAAGUUUGACGGAAGAUAGAUGCUCCCAGGUUGAUCAACACUCAACUUGGUCUGUCAAACAAUUUCUAACUUUGGAGAGAACGUACUGUUCAAUGUAUGUGACAUCUGGCAGACCUCUUCUAUUGACAGGGGUUUUCUAAUUAAAAAGUGCUGAACAAAUCCUCAGAAGAGGUAGCUAGUAACAUUCUGUACACUCCAAAUUCCUUCAGUAAGUUUUCUCUAUACAGUGCUUUCUAAAAUGCUCAGGUUUCAUUUCACAAAUGAAAAAAAAGAUUUCUCUAAAGAUUACCAUUUCAUAUACCAUUUCCUGCAAUGAAUUGAUGCUUCUUAAAGAUCAGUAGUACUACACAAGACUACCAACACUUGCUAUAAAAUGUCCAACAUAAGGAGAAAA